UGACUUUAAAGAUGUGGUUGGACGGGAUGAGUGAUUGUGUGCUGAGAAACUGAGAGUAAGCGGGUUUAAAGAGGUGGACAUGUCUCUGCUGUGCGUGAGAGUGAAGAAAGCCAAACUCCGGGGGCCUUCAGAUAAGUUCAAUGCCUACGUGACCCUGAAGGUGCAGAAUGUCAAGAGCACGACCAUCACGGUGCGGGGGAACCAGCCGUGCUGGGAGCAGGACUUCAUGUUUGAGAUCAACCGGUUGGAUCUGGGCCUCAUCGUGGAGGUUUGGAAUAAAGGUCUCAUCUGGGACACCAUGCUGGGGACGGCGUGGAUCCCUCUCGGGAGCGUCCGACACUCUGAGGAGGAAGGUUCCGGAGAGUGGGCAACCUUGCACUCUGAGGUUUUGAUGAAGGCAGAUGAGAUCUACGGCACCAAGAACCCGACACCCCACCAAGUUCUGCUGGAUACCCGCUUCGAGUUGCCCUUCGAAAUCCCAGAGGAGGAGGCUCGAUACUGGUCUAGUAAACUGGAGAGCAUCAACUCCAUGGGGAUGCACGACGAGUAUCAGAUGCAGGAGGAUGAAAUCAGACGCCCGUUACCCUUCGCUUCCUCUCAGUGCUCACUGGACGACCUGGACAGCGCGGUGGACGACCGGGACAGCGAUUACAGGAGCGAGACGAGCAACAGUCUCCCCCCCAGAUACCACAGCACAGCCCAGCCCAACUCCUCCCUACACCAGUACCCAGUGGGUCCACGUUUCCAGCUGCACGGAGACUCCUGCACGGACUCUGUACACAGUCUUGAGCUGGAUUAUAGGGACAAUCAUCCCAGCAGAGCCCUAAAUGAGAGCGGGAGAGUUAGAAUAAUUCCUGUAGAUUUAGCUGUGGGACUGGAGGACUGGGAGGCAAAAUGCAAGCGGUGGGAUAAAGGUUCUGUAAGCGACACCCUCGAUCGAGAGGAAGCUGCUUGGGAUACGGGAGAAAGUAGCAUCGAUAACGGCGUCCAUAUAUCAACGAGCGCUCUGGGCUCCGCGAUCGAUCAUUCGGCUCCGAAAGCAAAGCGCAGGACCUCAUCGAGUCCUGCCUACCCAGAGGGGUAUGACACCAUCGAUCGACGGCGGAGGAGAAAGUCUCAAGUGCCGGGAGGGCUUGUAAAUACUGAAGCAGAACCUCCAGAUGACAUUUUUAAUCCUGGUGUCGCUCUCCUUCGGCGCAAAAGAGGAGAGUUGGUACUGCGUCAAGUGGCCGGAAUGGAGGAAGACGAAGAACAGACGACGGCGUGUCUAAAGCCGUACAAAAACGGUUUGUUCUACAAGACUAGAGUACGGACCAAAAACAAGCCGGAAAACUACGUAGCCUAUCAGGACGAAGAAAAUCCAUCACGCAGGAGGAGUAUGGACCUUAAUUCUGAAGGAUCAGAUGAGAUCCAUGGAUCAGAGGAUGAGCUAGAAAUGGAAAUGACCUCCUUAACAGAUGUGUUCCAUCUUGGAGAAGCUUCAAGCUCUUCUUGUCACAGGUUUGGUUCACCUUGGAGUUAUCAUGACAAGCCUUAUAAGAAGCCGUACUGGGACAAAAUUGGAGGAUGGACCCCAGAAGUCAUGCUUUCCCCUGUGGAGGAACCAAGUGAUGAGUAUGUUGAUCCUAUGGAUGAACUCCAGUGCUUGGUUGAAACCGUGUCAGAAUAUCUAGCUGAGAAAGAAGAGGAGAUAAGCAAGUACAGUUCCCUGCCUAGAAUGAGCAAAUCAAGGCUGUCCUCCCAAGGUAGUGCCAGGACGGACUCUCUUAACGAUGAACAAAGCGUCACGUCCAAAGACUUAAAGGAAGACAAACCUGCCGAGAGCAAGGUUGAUAAUCUGUCCGAACAGGAAACGUCAGCCGUGAAAACUGCAGUGAACUCGUUCUUCAGCUCGUUCUCUGAUAAAGUCGGCACAGGUUCGAAGCAAACAAGAUCAAACUCUGAAGAAACGAGAGCAGAUCCUGCAGGUAGCUUUGGUCUGUCGAAAAUGUUCUCCUUUAUAUCAAGGUCUCCAAGUCCAGCAGUUGCUGUGGUGUCUCCUACGCAGGAAGCUUCAUCUGAAAGGAUUCCAAAACCACAAGAGAUGAUCCAGCAGACGCCAAACCAAGAAGACGUCCUGCUUGGUGAGAAGCAGAAGCUGCCAAGCUACCAGCCCGAGGCUCGGGAAUCUAGUGAUUAUUCAGCUUUAGAACCAUUGCAUGGAUUUUCCCAGUCCUUGUGCAACAUAGAUGUGGACGGAAACCAGCAGUUUUAUGUGCCACAGCCCUGGAUUUCACUGAACGGCAGCCAGGAACUGAGCAUUGGGCAGCAAGAAUGCCACAUGGGGUUGGCCAGGAGCAGCCAGAACAACUUGGACCUGAUCAGCAGUGUUGGCACUUGCAUCGAACAGGAAGGUGUUUUAAAUCUGAGCAAAUGGGGUAAUAAAUACAGCAGUUACCAGUCCUUCAGUGAAGAUAGCUGCUUCAGCUUGAAUAGCGUUUGCUAUCAUGAACGAUAUUAUGAAGAAAAUCCACAGAAUUUGUCUUACUCUGGGAACAAGGACUACAUUAUGGGAACAUCUGGAGAUUUUGGUGGUAAUGAAAGCUACUCGGUCUACCACGACAGUUGGAACAAUGCAUAUCCUUCAACAAUAUACACAGACACAGAAGACUAUGGGUAUUUUGAAGAAUCUGAGUGGUACCAACAAUGGCUCUCGCUUCUAGAGCAAGGUAUGUGGUGGCCAGCUGAUGAUGGAGAUUGUGGCUACUAUGUAUACUCUGAUUAUGAGUAUAUCUACGCCCUGCUGACAGAUGGUUCUGGCCAGUACGUCUAUGCAUGUGCUCCGGAAGAGGAAUUAUGGGAAAACAGGCUUAUGGCUGACGACUACCCUAUGGCUUUGCUCCAUAAUGAGAUGGUUAUGGUGUGUGGUUUUAAAAUUCCUCUCAACAACGAAGACGAGCUCCUCUGGCUUCCAGGAAACCAUCAGAAUGAGGGUCAUCUUUUAAACGCACCUCUCGACCUUUCCGACGCUUAUGAAAAAGGCAACGAAGUAAUGAAUCUAAACCUGGAACGUUUCUCUCAGAUAUUCGAGAGCUCCAUUCUUGCCCCAAACCAGCAGGCUAUGGAUUUUUCAUCGUAUCGUUUAAACAAGAAAGAUGCUCCUGCAUCUCCCAAACAGCAGACUUCGCUUGUCGUUACAACUCAACCACAACCCCAAAAGGUGGAGCCCAUCUACACAGGAGGUAGUGAAGUUCUAGAGGAACUUGUGGUAGAUUUGGAGAGCACUGAAGCAGAGGUUAAAAACAAAGAUGCUGAACAAGAUUUGAAUAAAGAUUCUUCACCUAACAUAGCUUGUCCAUCCCAAAAAGAGCAGGAUACCGAGAUCCAGCCCACACCCCCUGCAGCGCUCUCUGGAUUACAGCAGGAACACCAGGAGCUUUUGGGUGCAAAAAGUCCUGCAAACAGCAGCAGAUUCGGAUCUUCUGGAAAUCUGAGUCAAGUCAGUUCUCCUCUCAGUGAAACGGGUCAGGAGAGCGGUCCAGGAUCAGAGCUCAAGGAGUCCUAUCAUUCGUUCCACAGUACAGGGUAUCGGCCAGCCGUGAAUGGACACCAUACGGCCAACGGACACGCCGCCAGGGGGGAGCAGGAGGGGCCGAAUGCUUUCCAGGAGACAAACAGGAGCGGGAGCGGUACUCAAAAACAGGACAGUGCUUCCAUCGUGGAGAAGAGGCCGGAGAAAUCAUUAAAAAGUUUAGCAGAUGAAGGACCGAUCUCUCCAUCUCGAGUGCGCUGGUUAAAAGCCAUCAAUAAAGUGAGAGUUCAGCUUCAGGAGAGUCGAGAAAAUGGAGAAUAUUCCAGACAUGCCUGGGAUAAAGCAGGGGGUGGAAGUGCUUUGUUUGGGAUCGACAGCAUGCCGGACCUGCGGAAGAGGAAACCGAUCCCACUCGUCAGUGACGUGGCGCUGGUCCAGGCCAGGAAAGCUGGAAUCGCGUCCGCCAUGGCUUCACGAGCCUCCAUAAAAGAUGAAGAGCUGAAGAACCACGUGUAUAAGAAGACCCUGCAGGCUCUGAUCUAUCCCAUCUCCUGCACAACGCCUCAUAACUUCGAAGUGUGGACGGCCACCACGCCCACCUACUGCUACGAGUGUGAGGGGCUGCUGUGGGGCAUCGCGCGCCAGGGCAUGAGGUGCACCGAGUGUGGGGUCAAGUGUCACGAGAAGUGCCAGGAGCUCCUCAAUGCCGACUGCCUGCAGCGGGCGGCGGAGAAGAGUUCGAAGCAUGGCGCCGAGGAUCGGACACAGAACAUCAUCAUGGCCAUGAAGGACCGCAUGAAGAUCCGGGAGAGGAACAAACCCGAGAUCUUUGAGCUGAUCAGGGACGUGUUUAUGGUCAGCAAGGCCAUCCACGGCCAGCAGAUGAAGACCAUCAAACAGAGCGUGCUGGACGGCACCUCCAAGUGGUCGGCCAAGAUCACCAUCACUGUGAUGUGUGCACAGGGCCUGCAGGCUAAAGAUAAGACCGGCUCCAGUGACCCCUACGUCACUGUCCAAGUAGGAAAAACAAAAAAGCGCACCAAGACCAUCUAUGGGAACCUGAACCCCGUGUGGGAGGAGAAGUUUCACUUCGAGUGCCAUAACUCCUCGGAUCGAAUUAAGGUGCGAGUGUGGGAUGAGGAUGAUGAUAUCAAAUCCCGAGUGAAGCAGAGGCUGAAGAGAGAGUCCGAUGACUUCCUGGGUCAGAGCAUCAUCGAGGUGCGGACGCUCAGCGGAGAAAUGGACGUCUGGUACAACCUGGAAAAACGAACGGAUAAAUCUGCUGUGUCGGGCGCCAUCCGUCUUCAGAUCAGCGUAGAAAUUAAAGGGGAAGAGAAAGUGGCCCCGUAUCACAUACAGUACACGUGUCUACAUGAGAACCUGUUCCACCACACCACAGAUGUGCUUGGUCAGGGGGUGGUGAGGAUCCCAGACGCUCGGGGUGACGAUGCCUGGAAGGUGUAUUUCGAUGACGUGGCGCAGGAGAUCGUAGACGAGUUUGCGAUGCGUUAUGGAAUCGAAUCCAUCUACCAGGCCAUGACGCACUUUGCAUGUCUCUCGUCCAAGUACAUGUGUCCUGGUGUACCCGCUGUGAUGAGCACCCUGCUGGCCAACAUUAACGCCUUCUACGCUCACACCACCGCCUCCACCAACGUCUCCGCCUCCGACCGCUUUGCUGCCUCCAACUUUGGGAAAGAGAGGUUUGUUAAGCUGCUGGACCAGCUGCACAACUCCCUGCGUAUCGACCUCUCCAUGUACCGCAAUAAUUUCCCUGCCAGCAGUAAGGAGCGUCUGCAGGACCUGAAAUCCACCGUCGACCUGCUGACCAGCAUCACCUUCUUCAGGAUGAAGGUACAGGAACUGCAGAGUCCACCCAGAGCCAGUCAGGUGGUGCGGGACUGUGUGAAAGCCUGCCUCAACUCCACCUACGACUACAUCUUCAACAACUGCCAGGAACUCUACAGCCGACAGUACCAGCCAAUAGGAGAAGCGAAUAAAGAAGAAUGUCCUCCAGAGGAACAGGGGCCGAGCAUUAAGAAUUUAGACUUCUGGCCCAAACUCAUCACGCUGAUCGUGUCCAUUAUAGAGGAGGAUCGUAACUCCUACACGCCUGUUCUCAACCAGUUCCCUCAGGAGCUGAACGUGGGGAAGGUUUGUGCUGAGGUGAUGUGGGUCCAGUUCUCUCAGGACAUGAAAUACGCCAUGGAAGAGCACGAGAAGCAUCAUCUGUGUCGGAGCGCCGACUACAUGAACCUGCACUUUAAGGUGAAGUGGCUCUAUAACGAGUACGUGAAGGAUCUACCGGCAUUCAGGGGGGUCAUACCGGAAUAUCCAACCUGGUUCAUGCAGUUUGUGCUGCAGUGGUUGGAUGAGAAUGACGACGUGUCCAUGGAGUUCAUGAACGGCGCCCUGGAGAGAGACAAGAAGGAUGGCUUCCAGCAGACGUCUGAGCACGCUCUGUUUUCCUGCUCGGUGGUGGACGUGUUCACUCAACUCAACCAGAGCUUCGAGAUCAUCAAGAAGCUGGAGUGUCCCGAUCCCAAAGUCAUGGCGCACUAUAGCCGCCGCUUUGCCAAGACCAUCAGCAAAGUGCUGCUGCAGUACAGCGCCUCCCUGAAGAGGAACUUCCCCUCCUACUGUGAUAAAGAGAAGAUUCCGUGUGUCCUGAUAAAUAACAUCCAGCAGUUACGCGUUCAGCUGGAGAAGAUGUUCGAGUCGAUGGGCGCCAAACAGAUGGACACAGAGGCCAGUGAUACACUGAACGAGCUGCAGGUGAAGCUGAACAACGUGCUGGAUGAGUUGAGCUCCACCUUUGCAAACAUUUUUCAGACUCGUAUUGACGCGUGCACCCGGCAAAUGGCCGGUCUGCUGUACCAAAUCAAAGGCCCGGCUAAUGCCAACAGUCGCAACCAAGUGGAGGCCGACUCGGACAACAUGCUCCGUCCGCUAAUGGACUUCUUGGAUGGGAAUUUGAUGCUGUUUGCGUCUGUGUGUGAGAAGACGGUGCUGAAGCGAGUACUGAAGGAACUGUGGAGGAUCGUGAUGAACAGUCUGGAGAAAACCAUCGUCCUGCCUCAGGGAAACGACACCAUUGUAAGUGGCAAAAUAUUUUCCGCUGCUAAAGAUCUCGGCCAGCUAUCUAAACUUAAGGAUCACAUGUCUGGAGAAGCUAAAAGUCUGACACCCAAGCAGUGUGCGGUCAUGGACGUGGCUCUGGACACCAUCAAGCAAUAUUUCCACGCUGGAGGAAACGGGUUGAAGAAAACCUUCCUGGAGAAAAGUGCUGAGCUCUCAUCUCUACGUCAUGCUCUGUCCCUGUACACACAGACCACCGAUACGCUCAUCAAGACCUUCAUCACCACCCAGCACGCCCAGGGCUCGGGGGUGGAUAAACCAGUAGGAGAGGUGUCCAUACAGAUCGAUCUGUUCACCCAUCCAGGUACAGGAGAGCACAAGGUCACGGUGAAAGUGGUAGCAGCGAAUGACCUGAAGUGGCAGACGUCUGGGAUCUUCCGGCCCUUCGUGGAGGUCACCAUGAUAGGCCCGCACCUCAGCGACAAGAAACGCAAGUUCACCACCAAGUCCAAGAACAACAGCUGGGCGCCCAAAUUUAAUGAGACAUUCCACUUCAUCCUGGGGAACGAGGACGGGCCGGAGAGUUACGAGCUCCAGGUCUGCGUGAAGGACUACUGCUUCGGACGGGCCGACCGGGUGGUGGGCGUGGCCCUCAUCCAGCUGCGGGACGUGGCACAGCGCGCGAGCUGCGCCUGUUGGUGCCCGCUGGGAUCGCAGGUGCACAUAGACGACACGGGACUGACCGUCAUGCGGAUCCUGUCCCAGCGCUCGGGGGACGAGGUGGCGCGAGAGUUCGUCAAGCUCAAGUCUGAGACGCGCUCGGCCGAGGAGGGCAGGUGAGGGACCCGGGAGGUGGGGCGAU